CGUGGUUUCCGCCUUCUUCUACUCACGGCGCCAUCACGGCUCCUCGCUUGAUCCUCCCUCAGUGCCCUCUGUAAUCAGUCAAAGCUGUGACCGGAUUAAUUGUUGUGCUCCAGUCAACCAGGUCAAGACUCCCGUCCCCAACCAUGGCCGACCAGCGAACGCCAAAGGCCGCUACCAGUGACACAAACCAAGGCGCCCUCGCAGAAUCUGGGGAACCAUUGAGUGUAGCGCCAGCCAAUCCUCCCCAGGAAGAGCUGAUUCCUGCUCUAUUACCUGAAGACGAUGCCGAUGAUGAGGAUAACGAUUCGUCUCUUGGAGUUGAGGACGCUACAAGCUCGACUGCAUCUGUCGCGUCAAGCAUCCUCAACUACCGAACUAUCCAGGGCCGAACUUUCCAUAGCGAGAAAUACGACACUGGUUAUUUCACGCCCAUCGAUGACCAGCAGCAGGAAUCUGUUGACAUCACACACCACUAUCUCUCGCUUAUCCUAGACGGCAAGCUCUAUCUUGCGCCUAUUAAGGAUGGGGUUCAGAAAGUCCUCGACGUGGGCACUGGGACAGGAAUAUGGGCAAUUGACUUUGCGGACCAAUUUCCCAACGCCGAAGUCAUCGGCACUGACCUAUCGCCCAUCCAACCUACCUGGGUUCCGCCAAACCUGAAGUUCGAGCUUGACGACGCAACGCAGGCCUGGAGCUGGGUGGAUAACACGUUCGACUUUAUCCACAUGCGGUAUCUGUUCGGCGCCAUUUCAGACUGGGACAAACUCCUCGCCGAAGCGUACCGCUGCUGUAAGCCUGGCGGCUGGGUCCAAUCCUGUGAGAUUGAUGCCUCGUUUGUCAGUGACGACGGUACAGUGGACAAAGUCCCUGGGCUAGAAUUGUUCAACAAGCUGUACCAAGAGAGUGGGAAAAAGUGUGGCCGCAGCUUUUGUGUUGUUGCCGAAGAUCUACAGAGAAAGUCGACGGAGGCCGCGGGUUUCACCGACAUCCAAACUGUGAACUACAAGAUCCCAAUUGGUGGCUGGGCCCAGAACCAAAAGCUUCGUGAGGUUGGGCAGUUUUCCAAGUUGACACUUGAGAAUGAUAUUGAAGGAUAUACGCUGCUGCUGUGGCAUAACGUCAUGGGUUGGCCCAAGGAAGAGUAUCAGAUCUUCCUGUUCAAUGUUCGAAAAGCCUUGAAGAACAAGCGUGUCCAUGGGUAUAUGAAGCUACGCUUUGUUUAUGGGCGCAAGCCAUAGAUUGGCAGUACACUAUAAACUUAUAGGUCCUGAGCUAGAAUGAGUUUGGAAGGAUGGAGGACUUCUAGUCGGCAUUUUGUUGCCGCCGUCUGUUGCGAAUUUUUCUCUUUGGCUCUGAUACGAACUAGGAUUCUUGAAUCACGGGAUUCUCCAGCAAAAAUGGACUUCGAGCUGGUGUUAUUUAAAUGCUACCGAACUCGAGAUCCUCCGGUUUUGCUGGGACAACUUCUGUGCCGUGUUUGAACUCCUCUCCUG